AUGAACGACGGACUCAACAAACUAACUUCCGUAGAGAGCGAGUACCUAGAGAAGAGCGGAAAAAAAAGAAGACAGAAAUUUUUAACUCCACAUGAUGAUGUCUGCGUUCACCAGGAUGGAAACAUUGAACGAAAUUGCUUGUCCAGUGUCCAAGAGGAAAUAAAACACAACGAAGAAUUUACCCUCCCCCAUGUUCAUGUAAGUGAUAGGAGGACAGGCGAAGGAGAAGAUCCCUCCUGUGUAGAUCCAAGUGAAAGCUCUCCCUUAGAUCGAGAAGUGGAGGAAGAAGAUUUUGAGACACUCGAAGUGAUAAAGCAGCUCAGUUCCAUUCGUAUCGACUCAGACUCGGACAGAUCCGUAGAGGGGGAUAAGGUGGUUUGUAAUAAAAAGGAAAAGACACCAAAAAAGCCGAACAAAAAAAAAAGGGGGAAAAACACAAUUACAUCCCUGUGGGAUAAUUCGGAAGUGGAAUGCGUGGAGGAUGCCAUCGUGUACGACGAGUCGAAGGACACCGAUUUCCCAGACCUGCUGCAACUCUUCGAGGAAUACAACGAGAAGUAUUUUUUUAACAAAUUGAAGUCAGUGCAGGUGAAGUGGAGCAACAAAAUGAAGUUAUGCGCAGGAAUUUGCAUAUUUAAGAAAUCAGGCUACUGCUGCAUUCGGCUAUCCCUCCCCCUACUGAAGCUGCGGAAGAUAAAGGAGUACCGGGAGACCCUACUUCAUGAAAUGAUUCAUGCGUUCCUCUUUCUAACGAGAAGCAAUUCUCGACAUGAUGGCCACGGACCGGAGUUCAAAAGGCACAUGUACCGAAUUAACAAAGCGACGGGGCUGUGCAUUACGAUAUAUCACAGCUUUCACAAGGAGGUGAACUUUUACAGGAACCAUGUCUGGCGCUGCACGGGGGUCUGCAGAACUUACCCUCCCCACUUUGGGUACGUCAAAAGGUCUAUGAAUAGGCCUCCCGGGCCCAAGGAAAAGUGGUGGAAAAGGCACUCCUCGUACUGCCGCGGCAAAUUCGUUAAAGUGGAAAACACAGAAGCGGCUAAGAAUUCAGACACGCCACAUCUGAGCGUGACGGGGAACGACUCGGGCAUACUGGGGAAGUCGAAGGACUCGACGCGCGCGAAGAAUAAGAAGACAAGCGCGAAAGAUGGCUUCGAAAAAAGGACAGACACUGUAGAAACUGAAAUGCUGAACGACGCCAUAGUCAUUUUGGACUCGAAGGAACAAAUUCCGGUGAAGCAAAAAGAGGUGGAACAACUGGACAUCAUUAAUUUAAUAAAAACACUCUUUAGAGACAACAAGCAGAAGGUGUGGUCCUUCCCGGAUUUGUCUGUUGACUACCACAAGGCGUUUAAAAAUGAAAACUACUUUGAGAUAGACUAA